CUAUGUGGUCAGUAUCUCCUGGCUUUUCCACUGAGGGACCUUCACAUCCACAUGGCUUGUACAUGCCAACUCCUUAAACACACAACAAUUACAACUCUUCCCUUUCUCUCUACUGAUUUCAGUUUGCAAGAACAAUGGAGCUUCACUGCUUGCAGUCACUCAUCACCAGUAAAGUACCUCGAAGUGGGUUAGCAGAAAAGCCAUUUUUGUGUGGCCAACCUGUUACAUUGAUUCAGUCUAGUAGUACUAAGAGAUGCCUAAAUUCCAGGAAUAUCAAGUCUCUUCGUGGCAGAGCUCAAACUUCAGCAAAAGCUAGCUCAUUGGAACCUCGAGGAACUGCAAAAGAUGUCAAAACAAAAGAUGGGAAUCUUGUUUUUGUUGCCGGUGCAACCGGUAAAGUUGGUUCUCGGACUGUAAGGGAGCUUUUGAAAUUAGGCUUUAAAGUUCGAGCGGGAGUUCGAAGUACUCAAAGAGCACAACCGCUUAUCAAAAGUGUUGAGCAGAUAAAACUUGAGAAUGCUGCAGAUGGUGGAGCAAAAGCUAUAGAGAAGCUUGAAAUUGUGGAAUGCGAUUUGGAAAAAAGUGAACAGAUUAGGCCUGCACUCGGCGACGCAUCGAUUGUUAUAUGUUGCAUUGGUGCCAGUGAAAAGGAGAUCUUCGAUGUUACUGGACCAUAUCGAAUUGAUUACCAGGCCACUAAGAACCUUAUUGAUGCAGCAACCGUCGCAAAAGUUGACCACUUUAUCUUGCUCACAUCUUUGGGAACAAAUAAGGUCGGGUUUCCUGCAGCCAUUCUCAAUUUGUUUUGGGGAGUCCUCAUUUGGAAAAGGCAAGCAGAAGAGGCACUGCUUGCAAGUGGGCUUCCUUAUACUAUCGUGAGACCUGGAGGAAUGGAACGUCCAACUGAUUCUUACAAAGAAACUCAUAAUAUUACUCUUUCGGAAGAAGAUACAUUAUUUGGUGGUCAAGUGUCAAACCUUCAGGUGGCAGAACUAAUGGCAGUGAUGGCCAAAAACCGUAGCCUUUCAUACUGUAAAGUGGUUGAAGUAAUUGCAGAAACAACUGCACCAUUGACCCCCAUGGAGGACCUCCUUGCAAAAAUUCCUCCCCAACGUGUUGAGGUUUCCCGAACCAAGGAAACUGGUGAUUUACAAAAGCCUGAAACUUCAAACAGUAUUACAUCUGAGGUCCUUGAUACCUCACUCGAGAAAAAACCUGCUGAAACAAAGUUGAAAGCAGCACCACCACUCUCUCCAUAUGCUGCCUAUGAAGAUCUAAAGCCACCAACAUCUCCUACUCCAACCCCAAGCAUAGGCACGGGUUCGACCAAAGAAGGCAAAGCUGGGUCAACAGUGGCAGCAAAUGAUUCACCACCUUCUUCCGAAAUUAGUUCUUCAGAAAGCUCAAUCCCUGACACUGAUAGCAAAACUCAACAGAUAGACAAAAAGAAAGCAACUUCUUCCUCACCUUAUCCAUUUUAUGAAGAUUUAAAGCCACCUACAUCUCCAAGUCCAACACCGAGUGGUCCGAAAGCCUCAAUAUCAGCAGAAACCUCAGCACAACUUGCUGGAGGCAAUGACAUCCCAGCUACCAUUUCUACUGAGAAGGAUCCUUCCCAUACUGUAGCUUAUUGUCUUUCUCCCUAUGCUGUUUAUGAAGAUUUAAAGCCACCUACAUCUCCAAGUCCAACACCGAGUGGUCCGAAAGCUUCAAUAUCAGCAGAAACCUCACCACAACUUUCUGGAGGCAAUGACAUCUCAGCUACCAUUUCCACUGAGAAGGAUCCUUCCCGUAAUGUAGCUUAUUGUCUUUCUCCCUAUGCUGUUUAUGAAGAUUUAAAGCCACCAACCUCGCCAACUCCAACACCAAGUGGUCCAAAAGCCUCAACAACAGCGGAAGUUACAUCACCACUUACUGCAGGCAACGAUGUGGUAACUGAUAGUGCUACCAAUUCUGCCAAGGAGGAUUCGUCAACAAAAUUAGCUUUUUGUCAUUCUCCCUACCCUGCGUAUGAGGACUUCAAGCCUCCAACUUCUCCAACGCCCUCUUUCAAGUAAAUGUGAAGGGCUGGAAUCUUGUUCUAUUUUGCUUCAAGGAAUAAAUAACUAGUUGUAUCUUGGCAAGCCUAUCGCGUAAUACAUCAAUUCAGCAUUACAGUUGGAGCAAAAUUUUGAUGUCUUUAUUUUGUUUGAAAUUUUUGAUGUCUUUAUUUUGUUUGCUCUCUUGUAUUUUAACUUGAUAGUGUCAACUUGCUUUCUGUCGACUGUUAAAUAUAUUAGCAUUCAGAUGCUAUUGUAUAAGAUGACUACAGAUCGAGUCAUGA